AUGGGCUCAGAUCGCCACGGGAGGAACCGUCCGUCCCGGCCGUUGCCCUUUGUUCCACCAAAGCUUGAGGCCCCCCUUUCCUCCUUUGACCUCCCGAUGUUCAAGAAUAGAACUUCUUUCACGGUAGCGUGGGGGGUCUGCGAGGCUUGUGAUCGAGUCAAACCGUGUCAUGCGUGUUGCGCGCAUGGAUAUCCGUCCAAAUGUGUGUAUGACGAUGUCCCCGACGAAGACGCCCGUCCGAUCAGCCAAGCGGAGGAAAUCACGAACCUCCGCUUGGAAAUUCGAGAACUCCGAGCGCGCAUCAACGAGAAAAAAGACAAGUCGCAAACCAAAGACUUGGAGCGGCUGGAUAAACUUGAAAGCUUGUUUGAAUCCAUUCGAUCUGCGCCGCUGAGUGUAGUCGAUUCACUGGUGCGCGAUAUCAGAACUGCACAAAGCGGCUUGAAGAAGACUGUGGUUUCAGUUGGCCCGUGGGAAGAUGACGAAGCCUACGAAGACCAUGUAUCACGUUUGACGGUUAUUCCCCUUCGCACACGAUCGAGAAACGGGAGUCCCGAAAGCCACUUCAACGAUCCUGUCACCAAUGCCGACGAUGCGAGUGAAUUUGGAGAGGCCUUUUCCGUGGGGGACAGUUCUGACUCGUCCGCCUCGUCCGGUGUGGGUUCAAUUAUAAAUCUCCAACGAUCGAGCGUGGAUGUCUUCGUGGAACGGUUUGUCGAUGCCUUUGCCCCCGAGGUGGAUUCGAGACAUGGUCGUGCCGGUGCACUUCGUGCCGCCGCGGGCAUUCGCGUGUUUUCGCCCUUGAUGUCAGAUGCCUUCGAGGCAGUCUCGGUGGCCUUUUUUGGUCGAUCCAUCCAGAACCCGCAAGUUGAAGCGUCGGGUUUCCGCUUAUAUCCUCGAGUGCUUCGUGCCCUUCAAGAUGCUCUGGUAGAUCCCGAGCGAUCGAAAGCAGAAUCGACACUUGUCACAGUGACCUUGCUGCUUGCUUUUGAGAGUGUGGAGCGUACGACCAACAGCGGGGUCCCUGCCCAUGUGCGAGGAGCCGUUCGCUUGAUUGAGCACCGAGGCCCUGAAAAUCACAUGUAUGGAGUUGAACAUCUCCUUUUCACAGAACUACGACCUUACUGGAUCGGUGGAGCACUGGCGGCACGUCAGCCUUCUUUUCUUGCGCGUGAGGAGUGGAAAACAGUGCCAUGGUCGGCCGGGACUACUAAGAAGGAUAUCCUGCAUCAUUUACUCGAUGUCGCGACGGAAAUCCCUGGCCUCUUAGCCCAGUCGGACGAGUUCAAGGAGAGCCAGCUGGCUUGCAGGAUGAGCGCUCAGGAGGUGGUCGUAAAGCAAGCGGCCUUGUGGAAUGGCAUCAGUGAAUGCAUGGGAAAUUUCCAGCAGUGGUACGCUGAGUGGGUAGAGCAGUACUCGCAAGGCCAGAUCGAAGAAGUGGUCCAGACCGAAACCCAAGGAUUCCCGAUUUUCAGAAGGCGGAGCCUCCGAACCGGCGAGAUCUACACGCCUACGAGAUUGGUCUAUCCCAAUCUGCUAUUGGCACAGACGAUGUGUAUCUACUAUGCGGUGCGACUCAUUCUGUCGAGUAUUGACACCCGGCCGGACCGAGUCACGCCUAUGGAGCAGUACGAACUCGGCUGUGGCAUCUGUCGGACUCUGGCUUACUACAUUCUCACGGCUCCGGGGAACAUGAUCAAUCGUCUUGCAUUUCCUACCCGAGUCGCAUGGGAAGCCUUUCCUGACGGGGGUCCCGAGCGAGCGUUCAUGGUGGAGGUCUUGCAGCUCGUGGAGCGACGGCACGCGUUAGGCCUCUGGGGAAGUGCCAUGGCCGAGCUCUCGGUGCGGCAGAACUCCCCCUUGAAUACCAAUUCCAAAGAAUAA